GCAUUUUCUUUUCUUCUCUCUCUUUCUGAAUCUCAGGAAUCCGACAAGAAGACACUGAGGGUGGCCGAAUAUGAAGAAGAGCUCCAUCUACGGGGCGGGCCUGGCCUGUUCUGUGGCUGUUAAUCUCUUCUUCUUGGUGAAUCUGUAUGUGGGCGCCAGCCGGAAGCAGCCAGGCUGGAGCCAGAGGGCGGCGGCGGAGGCGGAGGUGGUGGCCGGAGUUUCAUGCUCCGGCCAUGGAAGAGCCUUCUUAGAUGGGCCGGUGGUUGAUGGCAAGCAUGUCUGUGAGUGUAACUCUUGCUAUGGAGGCCCUGAUUGCUCUCUCUUCUUGCCUGAAUGCCUUGCAAAUGCAGAUGGGGGAGACCCCCUGUUCUUGGAGCCCUUCUGGGUGCAGCACGCAGCCAGCAGUGCGGUGUUGGUGUCAGGAUGGCACCGUAUGAGCUAUUCGUUUGGCGAUCUCUCUACGAUUUCGAGCGAGCUCGAGAAGCUCAUUCGCAGAGUGCAUGCAAUAGCCAAGAACGCUGUCACAGAAGGAAGACACAUCGUCUUUGGGGUUGGCUCAACCCAACUUCUCAGUGCUGCAGUUUAUGCCCUUUCCCCUGAGAAUUCAUCUUCUCCUGCAAGAGUUGUGGCUGCAGCCCCUUAUUACCCGCUUUAUGAAAUCCAAACAGAGUACUUCAGAUCGGUUGAUUUUAGGUUCGAGGGAGACGCAAAUUUGUGGAAGAACUCAUCAGACAUGGCAGCUGCAAACGUGAUUGAGUUUGUGACUUCGCCAAAUAACCCUGACUGCCAGUUGAACAAGGCUGUUCUGCAAGGCCCACUAGUGAAGACAAUUCAUGAUCAUGCCUAUUACUGGCCCCAUUUCACAGCAAUUCCAGCUCCGGCAGAUGAAGACCUCAUGAUUUUUACCACCUCUAAGCUCACCGGCCAUGCUGGCAGCAGACUUGGAUGGGCAGUGAUUAAGGAUGAGGCAGUUUACCAGAGGAUGCUGCAGUACAUAGAAACGUCUGAACUGGGGGUUUCAAGGGAUACUCAGUUAAGGGCUCUGAAGCUUCUGAAAGCAGUACUAGAAGGGGAUGGAAGGGAAAUAUUUGAAUUUGCUUACAGAAAAAUGAGCACUCGAUGGGAGAAGCUUAGAAGAGCAUUGUCCACUUCAACGCGUUUUUCCCUGCAGCCCACUGCACCUCAGUACUGCACUUUCUUCCAAGAAGUCCGGGGGCCGUCUCCAGCUUAUGCAUGGUUGAAGUGUGAAAGGGAAGAGGAGGAUGACUGCAGUGCAGUCCUCCAUGCGGCCAAUAUCUUGGGCCGGGAAGGUAAAAAGUACGGUGUCGAAAAUAGACAUACACGCCUCAGCCUCCUCAGGAGCCAAGAUGAUUUCGACCUGUUAUUGAGCCGAUUAACCAACUUAGUCUCUGGGGAAGACGGUGCUAAAUCCAGUAUGUGAAGAAAUGAAGAUGGUUGCUCUUAAUCAUUCAUCCGUUGAUUGCAAGCAGCCCAAAUAACUUUGUUUUCAACUCAACAAAUCAGCCUCCGAUGGAAAGAUGGCUGCUAAACUAGUAUGUGAAGAAAUGAAGAUCUUAAUCAACCAUCUGUUGAUUGGAAGCAGCUCAAAUAACCUUGUUUGUCAACUCGAUGCAAUGUACUGUAUUGUAUUGUCAUCAUGUCUAGGGUGGCAUCCACCCAUCAAUUAUAUAUCAAAAUAAAAUUCCCAGCUUGCUUGUAACAUAUGAAAUCAAUUUGGGGACAUUUUCUA